GUAACUAGGGUAAUUCCUCAUGAAUACAAUUAGUGGAGGCCGGGGGCAAGUUCCUGCUGCCUCGGCAAAGCCUAUUUGCCACUGUCGGCUACCUUCUUGCAAGCUUAAAUGUGCCACACAAUCAUCUUUAUCAAAUAGCGGGCAAUUGGCGGCUCCACGGAGCUAUGGCGCCUCCGCGCGAACGCCACGCCAUUCGUCAACAGCUGCGGAAGCCUCGAAAAUGAUUGCGGAAGUUUUAAAUGAGGAGUACAAGCCCAAGAAUCCAGCGUCGCUUCUCCAGGUGCUGGACCGGGAGGGAUGGGGCGUGCACACAGAGAUCGCUCGCCGCUUCUUCACAAAGUUCGCGAGCCUCACGCUCGAGGGCUCGUGGGACGACGACCUGACAGGCGAGGGCCGAGUGGAGUCUCGGCGCCUGGCGCUGUUGGCCGUGUUCCAGGAGUGGCUGGUGGCUCGCAGCAGUCUGGUGGGGAGGCUGCUGGACGGAGUGGAGCGGCUGAGGCCGGGGUACCUGCCCGCGGACCUGGUGCAGCGGGUCCGCGCGGCUCGGUCCUCCGGCGCCUACCUCACGCCGGACAGCGAGGCGCUGGACGGCCCGGCGCUGCUGCAGCUGGCGGUGCUGGUGCUGCCGCCGGAGCAGGUGGAGCGCAUCACACGCACCGCACUGGAGGACACGCGGGCCGAGGUGCUGGCGCUGCCCUCCUACCGCGGCCGUGCGGACCUGGUUCCGGCUCUGGACCGCGGUCUGGCCCUGUUGGCUGCGGGUUGCGGCCGCACCGCGGAGACGGCGCGGUUCCGGGCGGCCCACGUGCGCGAGGUGCUGACACUGCAGGCUGAGCUGCGCCGACGGCAGCAGAAGAAGCAGGAGGGGCAGCAGGAGGGGAACAGCCUCAUGGCCAUGUGGGUGCGCCAGCCCACCGCCGCCAAGCCCUCUGGCCCCGACACCACCGCCCGCUCCGCCACCGACCGCCUCUACGCGGGGCAGCUGGCGCCCGAGGCACACCGCUGGAUGGCGCCCGCGGACCGGGCGGCGGCGGCGGCGGCGGCGCCGGGCACCACGGGGCCGCGCGGGCUGCCGGCGGGGCGCUGCGGCCGGGCCAGCUUCCGGCCGGCUCCUGGCGUCACGCUGUGCGGCGAGCCCGGCUCCCCCGGCUGCGGCUCCUUCGGCGGCUGCGACCGGCUGGCCUUCAACGCCCUGGACGCCGCCAUGCUGGACCUGUUGGCCCGCGCCAAGACACAGGUGCCCGCAGCCGCCAUGGCCACCUUUGCCCGCCUGCACCGCACCGCGCUGCUGGACGCGCUGUCGGACUGGCAGUGGCGGCAGCUGGUGGUGACGGGCGAGGCGGCCCACUUCUUCCAGGACCGCUGCGCACACGCCGCAGCCUUCCGGCCGGCGGGGCCGCUGCUGGUGGGGCGUCACACACGGGUGGAGGUGGCGCCGGGUCCGGAGCUGGAGUCGCUGCGGGCUCUGGCGCGGCGGCGGGGGGCAGAGGUGCUUGAUAUCGUCAGCCCCCUGGCGCGGAAGCAGGUGGUGUCGGCGGGCGAGUGGGAUUACUGGCGUGAGGCCUACCGGCUGUGGGACCGCUUCACCUCCAUGCCGCCCGCGGCCCGCGGGUCGCGAUUGGCGCUGGUGCUCACGAGCGAGCAGCUGCCGCGCGUGCUGGCGGACGCGGCGGCGGCUGCGGGCGCCAACGGCGGCACGGCGGCGGCGGCGGCCGCGGCGGCGGCGUCUGCGGCGGCGGCGGCGGAGGACCUGGACAUCUCGUCUCUGACGUCCAUGAGCAGUUUGGACCUGGACGAUGCGCCCCUGCCCGCGGGCAUCCUCACACCCGACCCCACCCCCGGCACCAGCACCGGCGCCGGCAGUAGCGCCAGCGGUGCCCCCGCCUUCAACCCUGGCAGUAGCAGCACCGGCAGCCCUACCACCAGCACCGGCAGCAACGCCAGCUCUAGCACCAGCGGCGCCAGCAACAGCACCAGUAGCGGCAGUGGUGCCGCGCCGCUCGAGACGGCGGCGCUGGUGGCGGUACCGCCAGCGGAGCUCCGAGCCUUCAUGUCCGCACUCCUCACACUGCUCCCCGCUCACGUGGGAGAGGCGGCGGCAGCCGCCUUCGGCGGCGCCGGCAGCGGCAGUAGCAUGGCCGGUGGCGGCGUCGCCAGCAGCAGUAGCAGCUCGGGUGCAGGCGGCUUUGCGACGAGGUCGAUGGUGGGCGAGUGGCUGCCAGCCCGGGCCACUUGCCUGCAGAUCCGCUACUGCCCGCCCACCGCUGAUGACGACGACGACGAUGAUGAUGACGGUGACUACCGCGCCGAAACAGGCAAGCGCGCGCCCGCGCCGCUGCCGCCGCUCGCGCCGCUUCUGCCCGCCAGCGGCGGCGGCGCCGCCGCCGCCGCCGCCGCGUCGCCGCCGCCUCUUCAUGAGGAGCACGAGUACAGCUGCUACGAGCUGAGGUGGGCUGAGGGUGCGCUGACGCUCAACAGCGGCGCGCCGGGCACGACACUGUCGAGUGCGGCGUCGCCGGCUCUGGCGGCCACGGUGCGGAGUGCGCUGCUGCCGAGCGGCAAGGGGCAGCCGCUGGGCGGGCGCUGGUGCCACCCGGUGCGGCUGACGGCGGCGCAGCUGGUGUCGCUUGUCAACAUCUGCACCGACGUGGCGCAGCAGGUUCCUGACCUGUACGGGCUGCAGCAGCCGCGCCUCAUCGUGCCCACCCUCACGCCGCUGGAGCGGCUGCGCGUGGCCGCCCAGGGCGCCGCCCAGUCCGCCUGGCGGCUGGUGGGCCUGCUGGCGUUACUGGCGGUGCCGCUGGCGGCGGCCAUCAAGGCCGGCGGCGGCGACCUCAACGCCAUGAUGGCCGCCGCCGCCACCGCGCCGCCGCCGCCGGCGACGUCGCGCGACGGCUCCGCCGCCGCCAGCACCAACCACCUGGGCCUGCCCCACGUGGCCCGCUCCACGCCGUCGGCGUUUGCAGAUGGCGGCGGCGGCGCGCCGCCGGCGGCGCUGGCGGCGGCAAGGCGGCCGCCUUCGGCGGCCGCCAAGGCGACGGUGGCGGCGCUGGCGGGCGCGACGUCGGCGGAGCUUGUGACGCUGUGCCGGCGUGUGGAGGGCCGGCUGGAGGGGCGGAUGUGGCUGGAGGUGACGAACACGGCCGCAGCCACCGGCGCUGCCGCCGCCACCACCGCGGCUCUGACGGAGGCGGAGGGCGGGCCGGCGGCGGCGCCGCAGCCCGAGUUCCAAGUGGUACUGGACCGCGUCAGUGGCGCCGUGCUGGGAUGCAAGCCCGUCAACGCCGCGGGCAUGGCGGUGUAUCCUGAGUUCCCGCUGGCUGCGGAGCUGCGGGGGCGGCGGGCGGCGGCGGCGCUGGACAAACACCUGAGCGGCUUGAGCCGCGAGCGCAUAGAGCGCGGCAAGGCCACACCGGGCAGCUUCAGGUCGCAGUACCGGCCAGUUGACUACGCCGAGCCCUCCGCCUUCAAGCAGCAGCAGCAGCCGCAGCAGUCGCAGCCGCAGCCGCAGCAGGCGACUGAGGCGUCCUCUCCCCCGGCUGCUGGCUCAGAAAGCUCCGCAACGGCAGCCGCCGGGGCUGGGGGCGUGGUGGUGCUGAAGGCGGAGCUGCGUCCGGCAACAGAGCCCGGGCGGAGAGUGGUGCAGGGCAAGGGCAAGCGCCAGCGCGAGUUCGCUGCGGCCGAGGUGGUGGUGCGGCCCUGGUACGACAGCGACUCACUGCUGCGCUGGAUGGACGCGGGAGUGCAGCUGCCCAGCCUGGGGCAGGAGAUUGCCUCGGGCCUGCUUGCGGCGGAGGAGACGCAGCGCCAAGCCUUCCUGGACGAGUACAACACGCAGAUGGCGCCACUGGCGGCGGCGGCGGCGGCAGCGGCGCGCGCAGCCGGUGUAGUUGUCACCAUUGACAACAGCGCCAGUGCUAAUGCCAGCGGUGCCGGCGGCGGCGGUGCAACACCUGUACAUCCGGAGGCAGCUGGCUCGGUUGCUGGCACGGGCGGUGGCGUGGGGGCCACGGGCUCCGCGACUGCGGCGGCAUCGGCGGCUGGCGCCGGCGAGGGGCGUGUGCUACAGCCGCAGGAGCUGUCAGAGCAGCAGUUGCAGGAGGCGUUGAAGCAGUUGUUUUCGGUGCUGGGAAUGCCCGCGGGUUCCGUGAGCAUCGCCUCGGGUGCGGCCAGCGGCACGGGCACGAGCGCGCCCAAACCUUAGAGAUCCAGAUCCCAACGGAUUCUGCAUGAGCUGGUUGUGCUGUUGCGAGGACUGGGCCUGUUUGAGUGAUACAAGAGUGCUGAGAAUGUGAGCGCAGCGUAUAGAAGAGGCGGGGUGACGCGGACGGGGGAACGCAGGAUGGCCACACGGGGGGGGUAUAAGAGCAUAGGAGGCGUGCACUCUUUGAGGAAACCUGGACGGAGUCUUAUGUUCAGCGCUACUUGCGGCGAC